GCGUCACCAAGACCCACAACUUGGCCUUCCAGGAGUGCGAGCGGCUACAGGCCGUUUUCGACACCCAGCGCUGCGCCAGCAGCCUCCGCGCCCCGGCACGGGUGCUGGCGGAGGCCGUGGUCCACUUUUCCCCGACGCUGGCUGAGGUGACGCUGGGGGCCGGCCCCGGGGGCAAGAUCAGCCUCCGAAACUACGUGGAGGACGAGGCGGAGCCGAGCAAGACGAUGGUGACGGAGCUGUGGCUGGCCGAGGACGAGUUCCAGACGGCGGCCGUGGCCCCGGGCUCCCACAUCACCUUCUGCCUCAAGGAAUUUCGGGGGCUGCUGAGCUUCGCCGAGGCCUCCAACCUGCCCCUCACCAUCCAUUACGACGCGCCCGGCAGGCCGGUGAUCUUCACCCUGGAUGAUGCCGUGCUGGAGGUCCACCUGGUGCUGGCCACCCUCUCAGACCCAGAAAGCGGCUUGCAACCCACCCCGGCCAACGGUGUGUCCCACCUGCCCGCCCCAUCAGAUGACUUUGCCGAUGACCUCGAAUCCUACAUGAUUGCCAUGGAAACCAGCACCCACGAGGAGGGCUCGGGGGUGCCCCCCAGCCCCACCUUCCCCCUGCGCACCCCACGUCCAGCGGAAAGCGACCCUGAGGAGGAGGAGGAGGAGGAAGAGGACGGAGCUGUGCCGGGGACGCCCCCUCACAAGAAGUUUCGCUCCCUGUUUUUUGGCUCGGUGCUGACACCGGGGCGGCCCGGCCCGGCCCCCACCCAGGAGGUGCUGGCAGAGGACAGCGACGGCGAGUACUGA